UCCUGGGAAACACAUACAUCCUGGUGAUGUUCUGCCGGCGUCCCAGAGCGGACUGGACCUACAUGAACAUCUACAUCACCAACAUGGCCAUCGCCGACUGCAUUCUGCUGAUGCUUCUUCCCAUCCGCAUCCUGUCCUACUAUGAAAACACAUGGGAAUUUUCCACACUCUGGGACCACUGCAAUAAAGAGCUGUGUUACGUACUGGUGUCGGUUUAUUACGUCAACAUGUACGUGAGCAUCUUCACCGUCACUGCGAUAAGUGUGGUGUGAUAUGUGGCCAUCAAGUAUCCAAUGAAAACAAGGGAAGUUUUAUCACAUAGGAACGCUUUGGUUGUCUGCUCACUCAU